UCCAGGAGCCCUAACAGAGUACAAACCCGCCAAAAUUCAUUUCGGGGAUGCCCUUUUGUUUUGACCGCAAACCCUAGGAAUCCCCAAACGAACAGAUCAACAGUAGCCUCGCCCGCAUCGCCGAUAGAAACAGAAAUCAAAAUUGUCAUGCAGAGGUAACACUGUGAAAGGGUACCAGAAACAAGUUUUCAGUGUUCUUCAGAUCUGGACAUUGAGAAUACUGUGAUGGGAGGUGGACUAGACCAUUCUUUUCUUUAGUCACCACGCCUUCUAGUUAAGGGAACUGUAUAUCCAAUAGAUGCAAAGGGAAAUGGAGAUGGAAGCUGACCAACCUCAGCGAGCAUGCAUAAAAGGAGCAGAAUCAGUAUUAAACCUGCCACCCAAAUCGUCAGUCUAUAUUGCAUAUCACUCUCUUUUUGGUCCUCAUGACGAUCUUAUUCUCCUUGAAAUGGAUGACAAGCUUCUCCCAGAUAUCCUCAAUCAGAGAGUAACCAUAAGAGGAGAGCAUAACGAAGAAGCAGUUCUUUGUACUCAGUCAAAAACUUAUGCUGUUAAGUUUGUCGGCACGUCCAACACUGUAUUACUUAUACCCCCUUCAGAUCAAUUAGCUAUUUAUGGAAGUACAGAGCAUUAUAAUGAGAAAGAUCAUGACUCAACCACGGUUGCACCAGUCAUCAAAGUAGCAAUUGGUAGCAUGGAACUUGUUGAGGUGGCUCCCAAACUUGACAAGCUUAAAUUGCUUCUCUCUGAGAAUCUUUACGGGUAUGAUGAGGUGUCAGAAAUGGAGUGUGACGGAGGGGGAAAAAAUACAUACAGAUGGGAUGAUCUUAUUGAGAACGUACAAGCCAGUGAUGCUGAACUCAGGUCUGGACUACAAGCUCUUUCAGCGGUGGAGAUGGAUGGAUAUUGGAGAAUUGUGGACGAGAAGUACAUGGACGGAGUCCUGAACAUGCUUUUUCACAAUUCAGUAUUGAAUGAUUGGUCACUGAAUGCACUUAAUGAAAACGAAGUUGUUGGUGUGCUUGAAUCGGAUGGGUUUUCUCGCAGAAUUGCACAGCACUGUUUGCAAGUUUAUGGUUCUAAAGUGGAUGAGAGGCAGUGGAGGUUGGAUGAGAAGCGUGUUUGUGUUCACAUUGCUAGAGGAAUACUGAGAACCGGGAAGAUGAAGAUGGACAAUUUCAUGGCGGAGUGGAUGAGGAAGAUUCCCGAGGGGAUGCAAGCAAGUUUCGACAUGCUGGAAGGGGAAGUUCUGACAGAGAAGCUUGGAAUUGAGACCUGGAUUCACCUCUUUAGUGUUUCUUCUCUGCCCUCCACCCCCGCUGCAUGUUUCUCGAUGCUCUUUCAGGAGCGGCCAAAAUGGGAGUGGAAGGAUCUGCAGCCUUACAUCAGGGAUCUAAGCGUGCCGGGUUUAUCUUCGGAGGGUUUGCUACUCAAGUACACCAGAAGAUCACAGCCAACUCCCGAUUCUGAACCUGUUUUUAGUGCAAGAUAACCUAAGCUAAGCUUGCUUCUUUUUCUUUCUUUCUCAACUGAUUGAUCUUCAUUGUUAACUAGUUGGUUAAUGAAUGGGGUUGGUUUUUGAAUUUUACAUCUUUGUCUUCUUAUUUCAGAGUUCCCUAAAAAGUAUACUAUACUAUACUGCAAACAUAGUGUGGUUUUUGGUGCGUUGUUGAAUUUGUUAGCUUGCUUUC